AUGAAGUUACCCCCCUCGACAGUGAAGCCAAAAAAGGUGUUCGAAAGCUUCCUACUACGGCUGAUCUCGAUUGAACGAAAUAUUCCACUUUCCUCCAUCAAGCAGAACAAACCUGCGGCGAGGAUUCCGAGCACCACGAUAGCCGGAUACCAAGUUACCAGAACAGACAAAGCGAACGAUAAGGGUGUGGAAGCGGUAGUUAUUUGGAGCAGCCCGCCUCCAUUUGCAAAAGAGCUGAAGAAACAGAUACUACGGACACGCACUCUGGAAUCCGGGAGAAGGAAAUUUACAGUGGUUGUUCCGAGUUCGGAGGAGGUACCGCAGUGGUAUUGCCGCUCUGAUAUAGCAAGGGGUGGACCCGAUCCACUGGGAUACCGACGGAUAGGAGUUGGUCCCGAGUCUCGCUCACGGCGGAGGAAUCGCACCACCAAGUGGGUUCUAAUGCGUCUCUUUCGCCCAUUAACGCACCUUGUCAGUAUGCUGAGUACGCUCUCUGGUGGCUCACGCCGGCGAGGGUCGAAAGAGCGGGAUAAAGAACUGGGAUAUACAUAG